AAAGAGCGUCGCGGGGCUGGACGAGGGCCCGUGCGCCCGCCUUCGUCCUCCCUCUCCGUCUGCUUCGGCAGGCGGAGCCCGCACUUCCGCGGGGCGGAGCCCGUCCAGUGCUGACGUUGGCAGCCAAAUCCGAAGUAGUUCGAGGCUACGGACAGCGCUGCCCGGUUGUUGCGUUGCAUUUCCUUCCUCUUUCACUCCACGCUCCCGGCGGCGGCCAGAGCGGCGGUGCAAGACUAUCCCGGCGGCCUGCUGUCGUCCCGCGCGCCCGCCUCUCGGCCGGCCAGUCCGGCGUCGUCAGUCGGCGCCCCGCGCCCGGCUAGCCCUCGUCUAGCCCAGGCCCAGUGGCCGGAUCUAGCGCCCCGCCUGAGAGCCUCCAAGCUCCGGCGGCGCAGGCACCAGGAGCAGAGCGUCGCGGCGGCCCAAGGAGAGGCGAGCGAGCGCGUCCAAGGGGUGGCUGGGGCAGGUGGUGGCGCCGCGAAGAUGGUCGCCAAGCAGCGAAUCCGUAUGGCCAACGAGAAGCACAGCAAGAACAUCACCCAGCGCGGCAACGUCGCCAAGACCUCGAGAAAUGCUCCCGAAGAGAAGGCGUCUGUAGGACCCUGGUUAUUGGCUCUCUUCAUUUUUGUUGUUUGUGGUUCUGCAAUUUUCCAGAUUAUUCAAAGUAUCAGGAUGGGCAUGUGAAGUGACUGACCUUAAGGUGUUUCCAUUCUCCUGUGAAUUUUAACUUGAACUCAUUCCUGAUGUUUGAUACCCUGGUUAAAAACAAUUCAGUAAAGCAUCCUGCCUCAGAAUGACUUUCCAUAUCAUCCUUCAUUUGUCAUUCCAAGGUUUCUUCACGAGUCAUUCCAAGUUUUCUAGUCCAUACCACAGUGCCUUGCAAAAGCACCACAUGAAUAAAGCAAUAAAAUUCGAUUGUUAAGCUACAGUAGUGGACCCUACUUAUUCAGUCAGUAAAGAGUAAAUUUUUUUUAAUGUGGUUAUUAAAACAGUAUCCAGUAUAGAUAAUUAGAUUAAGUCUAUGUAGACAGGGUCUAGAUUUUGUUAACCCUAAUGUGUAAAUGCAAUUAGCUUAAUUUAAAAUUUGGAGUUUGGUUUUUAUAUAGCUAGGCACUUUAUUACUGUAUCUUGAAUUGAAAGCACACUCCCAUAUAAGGUCAUGUUAACUGUCCUGUAAUAAAGUGCUUUUAAUGGAACAACUACACAGCCUAGUUUUCCCAUAAUCUUUAGCACCUAAAUUUUUUAAAAGCUUCUAAAUGCUUAAUACAAAGGGAGAUGCUUAUAGCUACAACAUCUAUUUUAACAAUAUUAUUUCUGUUACACUACCUUGGAUUUUGCAUGAGUAAUUAUACUAACCUGAAAUGCCAUAACAAAACAACUUGAUUGAGCAUUUUGUAACUUAAUGAGUUUCAUUUUCCCUAAAAGCUACCAUGGUGGAGUAAAAUCAGGGAAAGUUUAUGUCACCAUUGAUUUCACCAGAAUUACUUUAAUAUAUCAAAGGGGUCUACUGUGCUAGACAACAUUUUAGGGAAAAAUACUACUAAAACUGGGUGUCUCAUCAGGACAUACUGAUGAGUCCAAUGUGCCAUAAGACAUCCUAGCACAUUAAUAGCACUUUUAAUACCAAAAAAGGCACAUCAACUAAAAAGUUACUUAGUGUUUGGAAAUAAUUUUCUAGAUUUAUGAUUAAAAUUUUGUUAGGGUACUAGAUACAUCAGACUGAAGUGCCCUCUGGAAGUAAAUGGAUUUACUGAUAAGGAUGUCUUUAUGGUCUUCCCUUUGUUGUAUAAUUUUAUAGGUUAUGAUUGAUCAAAGUUUCUUUUUACUAAUGGUAAGGGUGAGAAGGCAGGUUUUGGGUUUUCUGGUACUGUUGAAAAUUGUUAAGUUUUGGCUAUUUAAAUACUUAGUCAUAACUUGAUUUAAAAAAAAAUAAAGCCUGAGAGGUGUCUCUGUAUCAAUGAAUUGGAAAGAAAGCUGCUCGUUUGCUUUGUUAAUUGCCUCAGGAUAUCUCUUUUAAAAUAAGCUGUUUUAAAAGGAACAGAAGGGAAGUCUGCUACCUAAUACACAGUGUGAACCUCAGAGCUUCUGAUACCCCUAAAUGUAGGGGGAGAAUGAGGGAGAGGAGCAGUUAAGAAUGUUUAGGAAUUUAACUACUCAAGAAUAGGAAAGGAAUCAGCCGACCUUGGACCAGCAGGUUUUUAUCUGCAUUGUUACCUGCCUUUCUCACCCAGGAAAUCAACCCUGUACUUGUUUCCUUCUUUGAAGCCAGUGUCUUGGUUGACUAAUUCUAUUUUAUUGUAACUUUAAAAAUGAAAGUUACUGUUCUAAAUUUAUAGCAGGUGCCUUAUUCUUUGCUUUGAGUCAAACCAUUCCAUAUUAGAAUUUCCCCUGGUUUACUUUAGAUAAUUGGCUUUAAGAUGUUAGGGUUUGGGUUUUUUUUAAUUGUACAAUGUAUUAAUUUGACUGUUAAAUUGCUAUAGCUAGCAAUCAUUUUACAUAUGUAAAGUUGCAUUCCCUUUGUAUUUCAUGUGUAAUUUCCUAAUUGAGAACAUUUUAUAUUAAGGAUGGAUUAUGCAUGUUUGGGUCAAUGAAAGCUGUGUCUUAUUUGAUUUAUCCUUUAAAAAUAAAGUUCCCUGAAUAUUUGAUGCCUUCUAAAAGGAAAUGAUUUUA